AUGGCUCGCCAACGUCGUCAGGUACAGGUACAGGAAAAGGGGAAAGUGGGGGUGGAGGUUGAGGAUACAGGCAGUCAAACGAAAGAGGCUCCCCAGAUCGUGAAAAGGCUACUGCAUUGGGAUGAUCUACCUCAUUGGCAACGAGACAAUCACCAUAUCCAUACGGGAUAUCGACCCGCCUCGUCCUCGUACUGGGGCUCGAUUCAGUCGCUGGGCUACCUCCACAAUGAGACUGUCAACAUCUACACGCAUCUUUUUCCGGGUAUUCUCGCUGCUCCAGCCGGAUAUCAGCUUUAUCGCGCCCUGGCACCUCGCUAUCGCACUGCUGAUGACUCGGACAUCGUAGCAUUUGCCUGCUUUUUUGCGGGAGCUGCUUUCUGUCUCGGAAUGUCGGCGACAUAUCACACAAUCUCCAAUCAUUCGCCUACCGUGGCCCGAAUCGGUAAUGCCCUCGAUUAUAUCGGCAUCGUGGGGCUUAUCGUAGGAAGCUUUGUCCCAAGCGUCUUCUAUGGGUUUUACUGUGUUCCGGAGCUCCAACACCGGUACUGGACCAUGAUUUGCACCAUUGGUCUAGGCUGUGUGUGCGUUUCGAUUCUCCCGCGGUUCCGAACGCCCCGUUGGAGGCCAUUCCGAGCGGCAAUGUUUGUCGGGAUGGGCCUGUCGGCUGUCUUCCCGGUGCUCCAUGGUUUGUUCCUCUUCGGAUUCAACCGUAUGCGCCAGCAGAUCGGCCUGACCUGGCUGCUCCUCCAGGGUCUCCUAUACAUCCUUGGCGCGGGCAUCUAUGCCGCCCGAGUACCCGAACGGCUGCGGCCCGGCUCCUUUGACAUCUUUGGGAGCUCACAUCAGAUUUUCCAUGUACUGGUCGUCUGCGCAGCGGUGGCUCAUCUGACUGGUCUCCUCAAGGCGUUUGACUAUCGGCAUAGCGGCACUGCCGAGAUAUGUCAGAUCCCACGGGGUUGA